GAAUGCCAGAACAAAAACCAGUCCGAGCCCGUACUCCUCCGAAACCUAGCGACCUGAGAAUCCUCAGCAAAGUAAACCACAUGCUAGAAAGCUAUGUGGAGUCCCUCGAUGAUCGCAGUCAGAAGGUUGUUCAGUUCAAGAGCCCAGAAGAGAUAGCAAAGAUUUUCUCGGAGAAGGCCUGUGACCUCUCCCUCAACGACGGUCAACCUGUUGGGGAAGAGGCGAUUCUCAAUGCCUGCGAGGCUACAUUGGCACUAUCAGUGAGGACAGGCCAUCCGCAUUUCUUCAAUCAACUUAUUGGUCGAGCCGAUGUGACUGGUAUUGCUGGUGAAGCACUGGUUGCUGCCACCAACGGCUCGGCAUAUACCUAUGAGGUUGCUCCAGUGUUCUUACUCAUCGAACAAGAGCUCAUGAAUAAGACCUUUGAUUUGGUCGGAUUCAGCAGAGACACCGCCGAAGGCCUCACCGUUCCUGGAGGAUCGAUAUCCAACCUCUAUGCAUUGCAGACUGCUCGGUACUAUAAAUUCCCCCAGGUGAAGACUGAGGGCCUCUUUGCCGUCGGAGGCCAGCCUGUUGCGUACUGUUCGGAAGAGGCGCACUAUUCUUAUACGAAGGCUGCUCUAGUUGUCGGGCUGGGAUCUAAUAAUAUGGUGAAGAUACCUACGGACUUCCGGGGUCGCAUGAGGGCUGAUAUCCUCGAGAAGCGAGUGGCCGAGGAUCUGAAGGCGGGCAAGAAGCCUUUCUUUGUUGGGGCCACUGCAGGAACUACUGUUAUGGGGGCCUUCGAUGAUGUUGAAGCACUCAGAUCAGUUUGCGAUAAGUUCGGACUGUGGUUGCAUGUUGACGGAGCUUGGGGUGGCGCUGUAUUGCUGUCGUCGAAGUAUAAGAAGACUCUGCUGUCGGGUGUUGAGAAGGCCGACUCAUUCUGUUGGAAUCCACACAAAAUGGUCGGAGCCCCUCUGCAGUGUAGCAUCUUCACUCAUAACAGAGGCCAUGGGUUGUUACAAGCUUGCAAUGGUACUUGUGCCAACUACCUCUUCCAGAAGGACAAGAACUACGCGUCUUACGAUAAGGGCGAUUGGACUAUACAGUGCGGACGGAAACCUGACGCUUUCAAGACGUGGCUGGCCUGGAAGAGGCUUGGUGACGAUGGAAUCAGACAGAGGGUUGAAUACGGCAUCAGCUUGGCGAGAUACGCUGCUAAUUCGAUGAGGGAGUCUUCCGUUGAGUCUUCCAAUCGAUUCAAAGGCUCGUUCGUUUUGUAUCGGGAUCCUGAAUACGCUAAUGUAUGCUUCUGGUAUUUGCCUCCCUCUCUAUCGCACUUGAAGCCUUUGGAAGGGCUGAAUGCCGAGAAUGCUGUUAAGCUCACGAAGGUCACACCUUACAUCAAAGACAAGAUGCAACGGGAGGGUCUCGCCAUGAUUACCUUCACUGGACUAUACAACUUUUUCCGAUGGACUUUCACUUCGCCACGAAAUGUUAGUUAUGAUGAUGUUGAUAUAGUGAUGGGCGAGAUUGACCGGAUCGGCCAAGAUUUCGUCAGCUCUGCAUAACUGCAUCCCUCAAGGUGUCUACCACUCCACUGUAUUGCUACCAGGGCAUUUGGCGCCUCUACUGUGUGUUUC